UUUAGCCGACAUGGUUUUUAUCAGUCAAACGAUUUAGCACGGCCAUUUCUAAGGAAACGUUAGACUAAAUAAGAUCUUCCUUUCUUCACCUUAAAAACAAAGUGUACUAAGGUGUUUUAGUUUUACCUGUUGGACUAGUCGUGGAGGACGUAAAACUCCAACUAAACACACAAGAAGAAGCACAGCGUGAACCAUGUCGCGUGAUUUGGACGUUAUCAAGAUAUUGGCUUUAGGCCGUCCUUUUGCCAUAGGAAUGCUUUACAAUUACGUUGACGACACCACCGUACCUAAUCUUCGGAUAUGGGAUCCAGACCUCGUGUCCCGUUUGGCCGUAGUCGACGAGAAUGUGAAAUCAACUGCCAAAGUUCACUUAAAAGUACCCGAGCAAAUAGAUGAAGACGAUGGCAAUGUUGAUGGAGAAGAAGAACAGAUGUUGCUCACCGAUUUGGGAAUGGACGAUCACACGGCUAUGAGCGUGACAGCCGGACUAUUGCGUUCAUCUCUCAAAGGAGCUUGGCAAUACACGGCUGACUGGAUCGACCAGACAGAGGGAUUAUUAAAUCACGGAGUUCAAGUGGCAGUUCACUGUCGUUCUACCAUCAAGAAAGUGUCCGUCGAUCCGCAACUGGAAAUCAUCUGCAGACGUAAGAAAUUAGUCGACAGUCAGGCAACGCAUGUCGUUAUAGCCAUCACUUACGGACGAGAGGCCUUUUGCGUAUUUCCACAGGAACACGCCGAAAGUCAGAAAAACGAGCAAAAUAGCCACGAAACGAUCAUGGAAAAAACAAGAAAUUACGCAUAUUUGUUUCAAAACCGGCUGAUGAACGAUUGCGAAACAUUGGAGCCGAAUCGAGACGAGGAAGGUGACGAAGAAGACGGACGUUACGGGCCCAUUCCAAAGGAUUACAAAUGCCUUGUCUACAGUGAUGCAAUGGCAGUCAAAGGUGGCAAAAACUGGACAUUGAAGCCUGUCGCAGAGCAGUACGAAUCCUGCAGGAGGAUACUGAAAACAGAAAAGGCCAUUCCGCUGAAAGUAUGGCUGUAUCCUUUGCACAAAUUGAUUCCUGCCGCGUGGGGAAAGAUACCGACAGAUUUUCUAGACGUCUCACGCGGAAUUUGAUGUUUCGUUGCCAUCUGGCGUUGGGCCGUUUCCAGCGAAUUCGUUCCGAAGUAAAGGUGUUAAUUCAUCAACUGGACAGAUUGGCUGAUCGCCAGUGCAUCCCAUUGACCAUCAGCAAAAGAAUUAAAGACUUUAAUAAGUUGACGAUCGAAUUCGUCUCCGUUUUUAUCGAGACAUUGAGAGGGUGGACACUCGGCAUCCGCCGUGGAACAGCUGAAGAAGAAAAACUGGCUGAAGUUAUAGAUGCAUUAGAAACUCGAUCGCCGUUUGGUACUAAGAAGCUGAAACAUUGGCUCGAUCAUCACGGCAAAGAAAUCACGACUUUAGAAAGGCUGGCUCACUUACCCAGCGUAUUGUUUACUCCCGACAGGGCACGGUUACUAGAAGACCUCAAAACUGGAAGUGACGGGCUGGUUGCUGUUGUUCUUCUUUUGCCCAGUCUGGGGGAAAAGUUGGGCGAUUUGAUUGGUGAGAUGCGUCGUUUUAUUGACGUUUUUAAGGAAAGCUCAUUAUUAAGCACGAUGGCAUGGCCAGAAGAGAACAGUGGCCAAAUCUCGCAAUCGGCUAAAUUAACCCACCGUCAAUUGUUCGCUGCUGGCCAAGAGUUUUCCGACUGGGUGAGAGACAACAACCGCGAUGCCGUUGGAGUCCGCUACAUCAUAUUUUAUGGAGACGGAUUGCCCUGAACCAACAUUUCCCUCAACAUUACUGUACCAGUGGAGCGGGGAACGAGUUAAUGGAAUCCAUUUCACCAUCCCAAAGGCUCCUGAAGAAGUAACUGUCGUAAAGAAUCGUCGUGGAGUGAUUGUGUUGAGUUGGCCGAAUGACGACACGAUAGGACUAAUUAACUAUCUAAUCCAGUAUCGCACAGUGGAUGGGCAAGAAGAGCAUUGGAAUUCCGUCCGGAAGUCUUCAAACACAAUCGAAAUUGAUUACCUUCAAUCAGGUGAGACUUACCUGUUCAGAGUGGCGGCAGAGACACGAGGAGGGAGGAGCCCUUUCAGCCCUGUCAGCUGCGAAGUAACAAUAGAUCCAGUUUGUCAGCCACCAACUGGAUUGCAAGCUGAGGAGGUGACUGACACGAGCAUUUCUGUCUCGUGGCAUCAUCAACCUUACUUGGACAAUGAUGACGAAGAUGGCUACUUGUAUACUGAGGAAGGCGAAUAUAACGACUACGACGAGGACGAAGGCGAAUAUGACGUCUACCAUGACAACAGUAAUCAAGAAAUCAUCAUUACCUCUUUCUCUGUCGAAUGCUGGAAGGGCGAUAGCCGUCACGAAUCGACAUUCAUUCAACGAACUACGACGAACAAGAGCAUCGUAUUAGAGCCGCUAGAUCCAGGUGCGACUUACUACGUUCAAGUUAGGGUUGAAUGCAAAAACACCAGUGGCUCUUCUUUCUAUAGUCCGGCGUCAGAGAUUUUGCAAACUUGUACACUGCAAGAGGCAGAGCGAGCAGCGAUCAUCGUCCGUCGUACCAGCAAAAAAUGUUCUGUUUUGCCUGAAAUCAACGUUUACAAAUUGCCGUUGAAAGAACGUAGCAACGCACAAAUUCAAGGAGUCGGCCAUUACGUUUUCGGUGAGCCGAGUUAUCUUGCACUGGCAGGUAAACGUCGACGAAGAACCAUCUUGGUACUGGGUGCCACCGGAUCAGGUAAGAGUACGCUCAUCAACGCCAUGGCGAAUUACGUACUUGGCGUCGAGUGGGAAGAUGAUUUCCGCUUCAAGUUGAUCAACGAACCAGCAGACAAAUCGCAGGCUCACAGUCAGACGAAUAAGGUAACUACCUACGAUUUUUACGAGAUGAAGGGCUUCCGUUUGGACUAUUCGCUGACCAUCGUCGAUACUCCGGGAUUCGGUGACACAGGCGGAAUCGAAAGAGACAAGAAAAUUAUGCAGCAAAUACAAGACUAUUUCAAAUGUCCUCACGGGAUUCAGCAAUUAGAGGCCGUUUGUUUCGUUGUCCAGGCGUCCCUGCCCAGAUUGACGGCUACCCAGCAAUACAUUUUUGAUUCGAUCUUGUCCAUUUUCGGACAAGACAUUAAAGAUAACAUCCGGCUGAUGGUGACAUUUGCUGACAAUGAUUUGCCAACCAUUCUGGACGCUGUCAAUGAUGCCGGCAUUCCCUUAUCCAAAGAUCCAACCACCGGGCUGAUCCUCCAUCACAAAUUCAAUAGUUCCAUUUUUUUCGCAUCUAAUCAAGACGAAAUUCAGACAAACGAAUUCAACCAGACUUACUUCGAGAUGGCCGUCGAAGGUUUCGACAAUUUCUUUGACGAUUUAAGUCGCAUGGAGGCCAAGUCAUUGACACUAACUCGCGAAGUACUUGAAGAACGAAGGCGAUUGGAAGCUCUGGUCGAUGGCCUUCAACUCCUCACCCAAAUCAAAUUGGCACGGAUCGACGAGUUUGAAAAAAUUAAGAAAAUGCUCGAAGAAAAUCAACAACAAAUGGAUGAAAACAAGAAUUUUGAUUUUGAAGUUGAAUUUCUCGUUCCAAAGUCGACAGACAUCAGCGGGACGGGCCACUUUACCACCAACUGCCAAAAGUGUACCACAACGUGCCAUUAUCCUUGCUCGCAAGCCAGUGACACCGAUAAACAUCGUUGCUCCGUCAUGGGCCCAAAUGGAAUCUGCAGAAUCUGCAAGUGUCCGUGGAACGUUCAUGUCAAUCAGAAGUACAGGUACGAAAUGGUGACGGAGAAAGUGCAGCGUUCGUCAGACGCCAUUCGCAAGCAAUACCAAGGAGCCAAAGCCGAAGCACUGACUAAUCAAGAAUUAUUGGCUGAAAUUCAGACGGAGAUUGAUCAAUAUGAAGAGCAGCUGAUGGAGCUGGUGCAGGCUAAUUCUCCUUGUAUACAGCGCUUGGACGAGAUCGCUCUAAAGCCUCACACGCUCUCCACACCGGCUUAUAUUGACCUGAUGAUUGAAACUGAGAAACGAGAGAAUCGUUUUGGAUGCCAGCAGAGAAUCAAUACUCUACAAAGACUUCACCAACAAGCCGAGAUGAUGAUCAAACUGGUGAACGACCACCAAAUUCUUAAAACGUAGCUUCCGACACCACAGUCCAUGCUGUUGAAAGCUGAUUCUGUCAACAGUUGGUUCUCACCGCCAUCUGCAAUUCGAUUUUGCAACUAAAAGUUAAGAAUAAUUUGGGCUAUACGCCACUGGACUUUGGAACUCUCCGGUUUGACAUGUCAGUAUUAAAAAAACGAAUUUCUUUGCUAUUUGCCCGUCAUGAAAUAAACGUGGCCUUCACUGUGAGCUAGUCGAUUUAUCAAAUUCGACUUGGCAAAAUUGUGUGGUCAUUAAAUACAAGA